CAUGCUCUUACUCACUCACUCCAACGCACUCCAAAAACUCAUCUGCUCCAAUCGCCACCCUUUACCCGUGAUCCAAGUGUCUCUUGUAUAUUGGAGCGACGCGAACAAACCUUAUAGGACUCUACACGAGCGUUGCGAGCGAUAAGUGGAACGCACCGUGCACUCAUAGUUCACUGAGAAGAACUGUAAAACUUGGAGGUUAAAUUGACGCAUGAACACGUGUUUUUUAAUCGCCGGACAAGUACGAAAAAAUGGCUAGAAAGAGUUUAGCUGAUAAAAUAAAUGCUUUAGUUACAACGAAACCUGAUUUCGGCUCAGACGAAGAGCCGGAAGAUACGAAAGCAAAAGUAGUGGAACCUUACAACGAGAGCGAUGUCUCAGACGACGAAUUUCGGACAUCUAAAAUUCGCAGACAAAAUGUUGAUGCCUUGGAUAAAGUGGAUAAGAGGUAUGCUGGUAAAAAAAUUUCGAGGAAAGAUAUAUACAGUGACGAGGACGAUAAUAUGAGUGAAGAUGUGGGAAGUGAAGGCUCCAACGAAGAUGCUGAAGAUGAAGAGAUGGAUGAUACACGGGAGCAAAGUAACGAUGAUUUAGGCAGCAAUAGAAAAACAAAUUUGAAAGAAGGAUGUACAGAUGUCUCAGAAAGUAUGUCUGAUUUGGAAGACCAAGAUGAUGAUAACAUAGAUAUCAAUGAUCCGUUUUACAAACGGAAAGACUCUACUAUUAGAACAAUGUCUGAAACAAAUGUUGGAGCAGAAAUAGAGAAAGGUAAUAGUGUCAGGAAUCAACUUAAACUUUGGGAAAGUUUCUUGGAGAUGCGAAUAAAACUGCAGAAAUGCGUUGUAAUUAGUAAUCAAAUGCCACAAUAUGACACGCAUAGAGAACUCAGAUCAGACGUAGUUUUCGUGAAGAAGGUUAAUGAAACUAAAAGCAAAUUGACACUAAUCAUGGAAAACAUGUUGCGACUGAAAGAUCUUUUAUUGAAACAAUAUCCCGAAACGAGAGAUCUAUGCGUUGAUGCUGUGAAGAGAAAAACUGACAAGGAUAUGAAUGUAAAUACGGAUUCAAUGGAUGAAGAAAUAUCUUCUGACACCGAAGAUGAAUUAGAAAAUGGAAAGCAUGUGUCCAUUGAUGAAGAUAUAGAAGCGGUUGAAGAAUCAGUGCCACAAAAACGUUUAAGAUAUAAUGACUAUGAGAAAGUUUUACAAAAAGAUCAUGAUUCCUACAGAGAAUAUAGGAAUUCUGUUAUAAAGAAAUGGAACGACAAGACAUGGAUUGCAACAAGCUCGUUAAGUAAGGGCUCAGGUCAGACUACACUGAAACAAAUUGAAUUUGCUAUGAGUGAUAUAAGCAAGUUACGAAAAAGAACUCAACUGAAGCGUUCCGAGUACAAUGUUGUCGGUAAAUCUUUGUCGAACGAAGACAAUGAUGGUAGAAGAAUUCAGGAAUAUGAUGUAGAAAUUUAUGAUGAUGACGAUUUUUAUCAUCAACUGUUGAGGAACCUGAUAGAAUAUAAAUCGUCGGAUGUAACAGAUCCUAUACAGCUCAGCAAACAGUGGAUCCAAUUGCAGAACAUGCGUAAGAAAAUGAAAAGAAAAAUUGAUACGCGCGCGACAAAGGGCAGAAAAGUGCGAUACAAUGUUCACAAUAAGUUAAUUAAUUUUAUGGCACCCAUUACGGUGUAUGACACAUGGACAGACAAUGCAAAGAAUGAAUUAUACAAUUCGUUAUUUGGUAAAAUAAAAUCGACGGAAGAACAGAUGAAACAGUAAUUAUGGUUGUUUAAUUAUAGUAUAUAAAUUUACGUCUAUAAUAUACAAAAAUUUGUAUUUCAUAUAUGUAUUGAUAAAUA